UUUUCUUUUUCAAAAUAAAUUAAACGGCCCGUUUUGAUUUUGGUUAGGAGUGAUAAGAGAGUUUGAGUUGACAUUUGAGUCUCCCGGCGUUACGAAACCUGGAUCUCCUCUUUGUCUUCUCCGGCGAAGCAGUGAAGCAUUCUUCAAUCACUCUUCUACUCCGUGUGCGAACCACUCUUCUCCUCCGCGAGUUCACUGCGACUCUGACAUUUUAUUUUUAAUUUUACGGAACGUUCAAUAUGGAUGGCAUAGUUGAGCUGCAGAGACAACUUAUUGAUUAUACUGCUUCCCUAUUCCAUGAGGGCUUUCUGGAUGAACAAUUUAACCAGCUUCAGCAACUUGAAGAUGAAAAUAACCCAGGUUUUGUUGUUGAAGUGGUCACUCUCUUUUUUGAAGACGCGGAUAGGCUUCUUAAUGAACUCACAAAAGCAUUAGGCCAGCCAAGCGUUGAUUUCAAAAGUUUGGAUGCUCAUGUUCACCAGUUGAAGGGUAGCAGCUCCAGCAUUGGAGCACAUAGAAUUCACAGAGUCUGCAUUUCCUUUAGAAACUCUUGUGAGGAGCAAAACGUUGAAGGGUGUCUUAAAAACUUGCAACAAGUGAAACAUGAGUACUCCUUGGUGAAAGACAGGCUUGAAACUCUCUUCAGGAUGGAGCAACAGAUUUUGAACGCAGGUGGAUCAGUUCGUAGGUAGUGGUACGAGGCAGAAAUGUUUUGCUGCAAUUGCAAUUUGCAAACAACACUCAGAACAAAUCUGCAAACAAAAUAGCCCCACUUCUAUGUUGUAUUUUUCACUUUGUGUAUGAUUUUGUCGAGUGGAUUAUCAUGGUCUUGAAAUUUGAUUUAUCAUUAAAACAAGAGUUGAUCCAUUGUUAGUCCAAAAUCAAUGUGAAUAAGCAUGCUCCUACGGUUAAAAGAAAAAAUAAGAGGCUGGAUCUCUCAUAUCUUCAAAUAGUAAUUUUUGUCAUGAUUGUUACAAUAUUAAAAUAAUGUUUGAUUAAUAAAAAUUAUGUUAUA